UAGAAGAUGUGUGUUGGCUUGUGUGUUUGUGUCUAUCGUCUAGCUGCGUGUGUACAUAUUGGAUAUUUGGAAUGAAUGCGUUUAGUAAAGGUGCAUAGGCUAGUCCACCAGGGGUGGCAUGUUUAGGUAGUGGUAGGCAAGGAAGAAGGCAAGCACACACACGCAAUCUCUUUCCCGAGCGCGCGCGCAAGAGGGUUGGGUUGGGUUGGGUUGGGUUUGGUUUAUGGCGGCUGGGAGGAGCGGAGGAGGGGUGAGCGUCAGUGUGCCGCUGUCGUGCUUCCCAGUUCCGCGAAUCUGUGGCGUGGCGCUUCCACGUGUGCGCGGCGGAGUUAGCAGCCGAGUUUCGUGGAGCAUCAUGGAGGAGCGGCCGUCGCCCCGGCGUCGAGGGAGGGGCGCCAUUGCCGAGAUGGUGGAGGCUGCCGCGGCGCAAUGGGCAGUAGACGACGUUGCCACCACCGCUGCCGCCGCCGCUGCUGCUGCCGCCACCACCAAUGACCACUCGGCGGCGUCCUCGUGCCACGAGGAGCAGCACGAGCACUCGUCCGUCUUCCAGGGCGUUGGCUCGGAACAAGAAUUGCUGCUUGGCAUCGACAAGGAAGUGGCGGCGGGAAGGCUGCCUCCUCAUGCCGGGGAGGGCAUGAAGGACUUUUACGCAAACUAUCGGGAUGCGGUGCUACACAGCGAGUCCGAGACGGCACACAAAUCGGUGGUACCGAUCAUGGCAACUGUUCUUGACCGAAUCCUGUUGCAAUUCGAGGAUCCCUUCACAUUCCCUCCAUACCAUCAAAGCAUGAGGGAGCCUUUUGAUUAUUACAAGUUUGGCCAGGAGUACAUCCGUCCCUUGCUUCACUUCGGUAAAUCAUAUCUCGGUAACAAGGAGCACUGGGAUGCAAUCGAAAACCAAGUGCAACAGGGGCACAACGUGGUUCUUUUCUCGAACCAUCAAACGGAAGCCGAUCCUGCAAUCAUCGCAUUGCUUCUGGAGGGCUCGCAUCCUUAUCUUGCGGAGAGAAUGACGUACAUAGCCGGGGACAGGGUCAUCUUGGACCCGUUUUGUAAGCCCUUCAGCAUGGGAAGGAAUCUUAUCUGCGUUCAUUCGAAGAAGCAUAUCAACGACGACCCUGAGCUUGUGGAGAUGAAGCGACGUGCAAACACACGGGCUCUCAAGGAGCUGGCCGUCCUUCUCAGGAGCGGGAAGCAGCUAAUAUGGAUUGCGCCUAGUGGCGGCCGUGAUCGCCCCGAUCCCGUCACCAACGAAUGGACUCCAGCAGUUUUCGACCCGGCGGCCGUGGACAACAUGAGGCGGCUGGUUGAGCGCGGUGACGUUCCAGGACACAUGUAUCCGAUGGCUCUACUCAGCUACAACAUCAUGCCGCCUCCACCCAAGGUCCAAAAGGCGAUUGGAGAGAGACGUCUCGUAGGAUAUCACGGGGUCGGCCUCUCCGUUGGUUCCGAAGUCAAUUUUGGACAGGAGGAUGCUCACCAAAGUGUGUGGGAAUCAGUGAGGGAGCAGUACGCGCUGCUUCACAAGGCCGUGCAUGGAAACGAGGGGCCAAGCGCCUCCACACCCGCCUGUAGUCUAUCUCAGCCUUGGCUCGCGACAUAACAUCCGCGCAACACUAUUCGGCAACAGCAACAACACAACUCCACCUUACUUGAAACUGUGCAUACCGCUGAAGGAAAAUUUUUCAUUCUCCA